AUGAACGGCACAAGCGGAGCCUCGACCAACGGUCACCAAAAUGGCCACUCUUUAACAGGACCUCGGCUAUUCUCUGUCAACAAACCUCCGUCGCUAGACGAAUUCAAGAAACUCACUACACAAUCAAAGCCACUGCACUACCCGCUUGCAGCAUCAGUCGAGGCCAAUGUACCUAUAUACGACCUUCCAGAAUUCGCCGAGCUAUCUCCAGAUCAACGUUCAGCUCUUCAAGACGAAUGGUACCACAUCCUCCUCUCAGGCCCUGGGGUCUUCGUUACAAAGAAACUAUACAAAGACAACACCCUUCUUAACACAGUGAGCGAUGCCUACGCAAGUAUAAUCGACGAAGAGAAGAAGCGCUCUGGCAAGCGAGGUGACCACUUCGCCGGCUCAGGCGCAAAUGACCGCAUCUGGAACUCCUUCUCAAAACACUGCGUGCAAGACGCAAAGUCCUUUGUCGAAUACUACUCCAAUCCCUGGCUGCCACUCAUAUCCUCUGCAUGGUUGGGCCCUCAUCACCGCCUCACAGCCCAAGUCAACAUCGUUAAGCCCGGCGCAAAACCCCAGAUUUCGCAUCGCGACUACCAUCUGGGCUUCCAGGACAACGAGUCGUGCGCGAAGUUCCCUAAGGCGUUGCAAGUCGCUUCACAGUUCUUGACGCUGCAGGGCGCCGUCGCGCACUCGGACAUGCCGCUUGAGAGCGGCCCAACACGGCUACUGCCGUUCAGCCAGACGUUUGAGGAAGGCUACAUGGCGUACCGGAUUCCGGAGUUCCAGAAUUACUUCCUGGAGCAGUACGUCUCUGUCCCAUUAUCGCAAGGUGAUGGACUGUUUUUCAAUCCCGCGCUGUUCCAUGCAGCGGGGCAGAACGAUUCCAAGGAUAUCUUGCGCUCGGCGAAUCUGCUGCAGAUAUCGAGUGCGUUUGGUAAGCCGAUGGAGAUGAUUGAUACGUAUCCGCUUGUGGAGGCGACAUGGGAUGCGUUGAGGGAAAUGCAUCAGGAUGAGGGUUCGAGCGACAGGGUCAUGGCGUUUGUGGGCAACGUUGCGGAGGGGUAUCCUUUCCCCACGAAUUUGGAUAGACGGGUCCCAGAGACCGCGGGUAUGGCGCCGGAGAGCGAACAGGGCCUUCUCGUCAGAGGCUUGAAUGAGAAAUGGUCGAAAGAGAAGGUGUUGGAAGAGCUGCAAAAGAUGCGGGACGAUUCCCGUGCCUAG